CGCUGUAUCAUGAAGAUGGACCACCACUGCCCGUGGGUAAACAACUGCGUCGGCGCAAACAACCAGAAGCACUUUGUGCUCUUCGUUGGCUACACGGCGCUGCUCUCCGGCUACGCCAUGGUUCUGCUCGUCCUGCGGCUGAUGGCGACGCUCAACGAGCCGCGCCUCUUCCUCACCACGCACUCGCACGGCCCGCAAGAGCCCGUCUCGAUGCUGUAUAUGUUCCUGCUGCUGUUCGAGGCGCUGCUGUUCGGCCUCUUUACUUCGGCGAUGUUUUGCGAGCAGCUCAGCUCCAUCCUCACCGACCAAACCGGCAUCGAGCGGCUCAAAAACGAUUAUGCGCCGCCGAGACGCUCCGCGGUGCAGAACUUGUCGGAGACGUUUGGCCGGCCCUGCUCGCUGCUGUGGCUGCUGCCGACGCCGGUCACCUUCAACGGCCUUACGUGGUGGGACAUCCUCCCGACGGAGCACGAGGUGUAGCCUUGGGCGUGCUGGCGGGUGGGUAGGGCGGAGGCGGUGCGGCGGCGCCCCUCGCCCUCCGUUUCUCGGGCUGGGCCCCUCGAGAUUAGUUGCGAGACGUGGCGCCCAGUGGUUUCGCGGAGCCAUGGAGGCCCGCCCAGCAGCCAGCCGCUUGUCUGUGUCUGUGGCGCGCGCCCAGCGUGUCGCCCCUCGGAGGCGAGUGGUGUUGGCGCACGGCUCUUGGUGUGUACUAUUAUUUGGCAGUGCUGCACCGUGCACGCGUGCCGCCACCCUGCCAUA